ACACUUCCGGUUUACGGUUACCAUGGGAGACGGAGAGCGACCAAGGCAGUAGUUUACAUACAAGUAUAGCAUUAUAGGCAGUGAAACGUCCCAUUUCAACAGUUUAACCUCACUGUUACAAUUAUUGUUUGUUUUAUCGACUCUUAUUAUUUUAAUUCUAAGCGUAAAAAUGCAUGAGUGCGUUAUUUUCGGUAAAUAACGGUCUCCGAGCUAAGCUAGGCUAACGUAAAUGUUAGCCGUGCGUGAUGUAGCGUCUUUUAGAAGUUCGUUCAAAUUUCCUCGUUAGCUUUGUGAGCUAACAAGUACGGUUUUAAACAAAGGCUGUCAGCAGCAACCCGCCGUCGCUAUGUUCAUUUAUCUCAGCAAAAAGAUCGCUAUUCCCAACAGCAUCCCUCUAAAAUGCGUCUCCUGGAACAAGGACCAAGGCUUCAUUGCAUGUGGAGGGGAUGAUGGUCUUCUGAGGGUACUCAAGCUUGAAUCUCAGACAGAUGACGCCAGACUUAAAGGUCUUGCUGCACCAAGUAACCUGUCCAUGAACCAGACCUUAGAGGGACACAGUGGUGCAGUGCAGGUGGUGACGUGGAACGAGCAGUACGAGAAGCUGACAACCAGCGACCAGAAUGGACUCAUAAUUGUUUGGAUGCUCUAUAAAGGUUCGUGGUGCGAGGAGAUGAUCAACAACAGGAACAAAUCUGUGGUGAGAAGUAUGAGCUGGAACGCUGAUGGUCAGAAGAUCUGCAUUGUGUACGAGGACGGGGCAGUCAUUGUUGGAUCAGUAGACGGAAACCGAAUUUGGGGAAAGGAGCUGAAGGGAAAUCAGCUUGCUCAUGUGGCGUGGUCACCAGACAGCAGGAUCCUCCUCUUUGGCAUGGCCAACGGGGAGGUUCACAUUUAUGACAACCAAGGAAACUUUAUAAUGAAAAUGACCAUCGGUUGUCUCGCCAGUGCAAGCGGAGCCGUCAGUAUAGCUGGUAUCCACUGGUACGCUGGAACCGGAGGUUACGUCGAACCCAACUGUCCCUGUCUCGCCAUCUGUUUUGACAACGGAAAAUGUCAGAUUAUGCGCUACGAGAACGAUGAGAACCCAGUGUGCAUCGAUAGCUCGAUGAAUGUGGUCAGCAUCCAGUGGAACCACUGUGGCAGUGUGCUGGCGGUGGCAGGUUCCCUCAGAACCGCAAACAUGGAGAAAGAGUUUAACGUGGUGCAGUUCUACACACCGUUCGGAGAGCAUCUACGAACUCUCAAAGUUUCUGGGAAGCAGAUGUGGGGGAUCGCCUGGGAGGGAGGCGGCCUGCGAAUCGGUCUGGCUGUGGAUUCCUACAUUUACUUUGCCAACAUAAGACCAGAUUAUAAGUGGGGCUACUGCUGCAGCACGGUGGUGUACGCCUACACCAAACCCGAGCGGCAGGAGCAUUGCGUCGUGUUCUGGGACACCAAAAACAACGAAAAGUUUGUUAAAUAUGUCAAGAGCUUGAUGUCCAUCACCACUUCUGGAGAUUUCUGCAUCCUGGCAAGCAAAGGGGACGAAACCCUGCCUCAGGAGGAUGCUGAGUUGGAAGCUGUGUGUCCGGCGAAAUACGUCCUGAUUCUGUGCAACUCCAUUGGAACGCCUCUGGACUCCAAAUACAUCGACAUCGAUCCGAUGUUCGUUACCUUGACGAAGACGCACGUCAUCGCUGCAUCCAAAGAUGUUUUCUACUUGUGGCAGUACCGAGUGGCAAAGAAACUGACCGCGCUGGAGAUCAACCAAGUGACCAAAACGAAGAAGGAGGGGCGGGAGAGGUUCUACCACAUCGACAGCAACCCCUCUGGAGCCAGUGACGGCUGCACACAUCCGUCCAAAUCCUUCACACCAACUCGUGAUCCCAUCUGUAGCAUCACAGCGACAGAUAAGACCCUGAUCGUGGCUCGGGAGUCCGGCUCCGUUCUCACAUACAGCCUCCCAAACGUCUCCCUCAUCCAGAAAUUCUCCUUAAACAACCGAGCCUUUCAUCUGUCUCUGAACUGCAACUCCAGCCGCCUGGCCGUAAUCGACAUCUCGGGGGUGAUGACUUUGCUGGACUUGGAAGCUCGCUCCAUCACGGACGACGGGAGCCAAGUGGGUGCAGGAGACCCAUCCAGAUUCGAGCGUAAAGAUGUUUGGGACAUGAAGUGGGCAAACGAUAAUCCAGAUUUGUUCGCCAUGAUGGAGAAGACCAGGAUGUACGUCUUCAGGAACCUGGACCCAGAGGAGCCGAUUCAAACAUCUGGAUACAUCUGCAGCUUCGAGGACCUGGAAAUCAAAUCGGUCCUGCUUGAUGAAAUCAUGAAGGACCCCGAGAGGCCGAACAAAGACAACCUCAUAAACUUCGAGAUCCGCUCCCUGAGAGACAGCCGCGCUCUGAUAGAGAAAGUUGGCAUCGAAGACGCUUCACAAUUUAUCGAGGACAAUCCUCAUCCAAGACUCUGGCGUCUCCUGGCUGAAGCAGCCCUCCAGAAACUGGACCUGAAGACAGCUGAGGAGGCCUUUGUCCACUGCAAGGACUACCCGGGCAUCUUGUUUGUCAAGCGCCUGGGGAACCUGCAGAGCGAGCCCAUGAAGCAAGCCGAAGUGGCGGCCUACUUCGGCAGGUUUGAGGAAGCGGAGCGCAUGUACCUGGAUAUGGAUCGCAGAGACCUCGCCAUCAACCUGAGGAUCAAGCUGGGAGACUGGUUCAAGGUGCUGCAGCUGCUCAAGAGCGGGUCUGGAGCCGGCGACGACGCUCUGCUCCAGCAGGCUUACAUCGGCAUCGGAGACUACUUUUCUGACCGACAGAAAUGGGUCGACGCGCUGCAGUACUACCUCCAGGGCCGUCACCACGAAAAGCUCGCCGAGUGUUACUACAUGCUGGAGGAUUAUGGUGGCCUUGAAAAGCUGACCUCAGAUCUGCCAGAGAAUAAUAAACUGUUACCGGCCAUUGGGCAGAUGUUUACCAACGUGGGGAUGUGUGAGCAGGCCGUGAACGCCUACCUGAAGUGCAACCAGCCAAAAGCUGCUGUCGACACGUGUGUCCAUCUGAACCAGUGGAACCGAGCCGUGGAACUAGCAAGAACCCACAACAUGAAGGAGAUCAAAUCCCUCCUUUCCAAAUAUGCCUCCCAUCUCCUGGAGAACAACAAAACCCUGGAGGCGGUGGAGCUGUAUCGGAAAGCCCACCACUUCCUGGAUGCAGCCAAACUCAUGUUCAAAAUCGCAGAAGAGGGGAAGAAGAAGAGCCAACCUCUGAAGGUGAAGAAGCUGUAUGUGCUGGCAGCGCAGCUGGUGGAGAACUUCCACGAGAAGGUGAAGACGUCACAGCAGAGCAAAGUCAAAGGAGGGAAGUCGGAGGCAACGUACGCCAUCGCUGGCCUCCUGGAAGAAGACGCCACCUCUUCAGACAACCGUAUUAUUGACAGCGCCUGGCGUGGAGCAGAAGCCUACCACUUCUUCCUGCUUGCUCAGAGGCAGCUGUACUCGGGGCAGACGGAGAACGCCGUGCGCACGGCUCUCCACCUGCGUGAAUAUGAGGACAUCAUCCCCGCAGUGGAGAUCUACUCCCUGCUCGCCCUCUGCUCUGCAGCCAGCCGGGCCUUCGGGACGUGUUCCAAAGCCUUCAUCAAGCUGGAGUCCCUGGAGAGCCUGAGCCUGGAGCAGCGGCAGCUCUACGAGGACCUGGCUCUGGAGAUCUUCAUGAAACACCCUCCGAGGGACAACCGGGUUGUGAGGGAGGACAGCGCAGAGGGGUCCGAGGGAAAAGUUCCCACGUGCAUUGUGACGGGCGUGCCGAUCCGCGAGCACCAGUUUUGGAUGUGCAGCGUGUGCAAACACUGCGCCCUGGAGCGGGAGAUCAGCAGAUACAGCUACUGCCCGCUGUGCCACAGUCCUGCAGUGUAGCACACACUUCCUGUCAGCUUUUAUUGUGAAAAGAACUCGUUUCAUGUUAAAGACCCCGAUGUCGUUAGAUGUCUAAUGGUUUAAACGCUUUGAAUCCAACCUCUUUGUGACUGUUUUACAGUAAUGAACAUAAACUCACAUUGAACUUGUCCUUUUCUAGAUUUUGUUUUGGUGCCAUUUUGCAGAUUCUGUUAUAAAUAUUUAGUUAAUUUUUUACUCUCUAGAACGUUUGACUUUCACCAUUAAAGGUUUUACAGUUAAUUACCUGGAGAGUUUAUUAAAAGGUAAGAGUUUGGAUAAAUCUGACUCAUGCAACAGUUUAUUCUGAUGUUAGUUUAAAAGCCUGAUCUGUUUCUGCCAGCAGCCGCUAGAAACUAAACAUCAUUUUCUUUAGUGGGUUUGUGCCUUCAAGGCUCCUCGCAUCCACCAACUAUCAGCUGUUCCAUCUCAGCUUUGAGGGUUUUUCUGUUUUCUACUUGCUGCAGAUUUCAUGCAUCAAGUCUCUCUGGGUCCAUCUGCAGGCCUCCGGCGUGUCGUUCUGCUCUAAAAUGCUUUUUUUUUAAAUAUUCCUCACUUCCAAAUAUUUCAACAUGAGCUUCCCUGAAACGGAGUGGUUUUAGCCCUCAUGUAUCCCAACCCUCCCCAUCUGCCCCCCCCCACACACACACACACACACACACACACACACACACACACACACACACACACACACACACACACACACACACAAUAUUUAUUGACCAAAUACUUAUUUUCCACCCUGAUUUACAAAUAAAUUCUUUAAAAAUCCUGCCAUGUGAAUUCAUGGAUUGUUUUUUUUCCACAUUCUGUCUCUCACAGUUGAAGUGUACCUAUGAUGUAAAUUACUGACCUCGGUCAUCAUUUUAAGGGGGAGAACUUGCACAAUCGGUGGCUGACUAAAUACUUUUUGCCCCACUGUAAAUGUUUUCAGCUGUGUGUAAACCACGCUCAUCCAAGUCUCGCGUUGGGUCAGAAUUACUUAGAAAUGCUUCUUUUGGACUCAGUUUAAGUCUUCUGUUCUUUAUGGAAGAGCAAAAUUAAACAUGUUUUAUUAAGAUGCAUCACUGCUGUUGUUUUUGUUUGUAAUUUUGUGCCCAAGAAUAAAGAAUAAACUCCCACAUACUGCUGAAAUUAACUUUCAUUAAAAGUCCUUCAAUCAG